CCUUCUCCAUAAGUGUUCUUCCUCAUUCUCCAUAAAAUAUACUUCCCCCUUUGUCAUCCCUAAAUUCUCCACAAAAGCGGACAAAAAUUUAAUAUAAAUGACAACUGAAAAGCUUAGGCAUAGUCUAAAGUUCCUUGAGAAAUCUAAACCCUACUUUGCCAUGGCCCUAUUACAAUUAGGCUAUGCUGGCAUGGUUAUUAUUGCUAAGGUUUCCCUUGACCAAGGCAUGAGCCACUAUGUCCUCAUUGUUUAUCGCCACGCCAUUGCAACUGCUGCCAUAGCUCCAUUUGCAUUUAUUUUUGAAAGGGAGGGUCAACCAAAGGUAACAUUCUCAAUUUUUUUGCAAAUGUUCAUCCUAGCUCUCUUGGGGCCUGUGAUUGAUCAAAAUUUCUACUAUGCUGGGUUAAAGCUCACAUCCCCAACCUUCUCAUGUGCAAUAGUCAACAUGCUUCCAGCCAUGACUUUUGUGAUGGCACUUAUAUGCGGGAUGGAGAAGAUAAACAUAAAAAGGUUGAGAUGCCGAGCAAAGGUAGUGGGAACAUUAUUGGCAGUAAUAGGGGCAAUGCUGAUGACCUUAUACAAAGGGCCUGUUGUGGAGAUGUUAUGGCGACAAAUCAAACAUGGCAAUCCAGAUCCUCACAAUGAAACAAAUGCAACAACAACCACCACAGGAGGAUCCUCAAGUAAAGCUUGGUUCUUAGGCAGUGUGUUCCUUAUUGUUUCUAGCUUUGCCUGGGCUUCCCUUUUUAUUUUACAAACCAAAGCUCUUGAGACGUACAAGAAUCAUCAGCUAAGCCUCACUUCAAUUGUUUGCUUCAUAGGCACUCUUCAAGCUACUAUUGUUACUUUUGUUAUUGAGCAUGAUCCUUCUGUUUGGAGAAUUGGUUGGGAUAUGAACUUACUAGCUGCUGCAUAUGCUGGAAUUGUGAACUCAAGCAUAUCAUAUUAUGUACAAGGGCUAGUGAUUAAGGAAAGAGGUCCUAUCUUUGCAACUUCCUUCAGCCCUCUUAUAAUGGUUUUUGUUGCCAUCAUGGGCUUCUUUAUCCUUGAAGAAAAGAUUUAUCUUGGAGGUGUGAUUGGCGCCAUCUUGAUUGCUACAGGCUUAUACUCUGUUCUUUGGGGGAAACACAAAGAAGAAAUAGAGAGUAAAAGAGCCAAUGAUAUUCCCUUAGCUAUAAAGGGUGCUGCUCAAAUGACUGGAAAUUCAGGGCUAGAUGUUGAUAACAUAGAUCAUGGUUGGAUAGAUAAAAGUAAUAUCUAAAACUUCCAUGUGGGAGUCAAAAUUUGAUCAAAGUCUAUCUGGAUUAAAAUGUAUCUAGAAGCUUGCAUCUGAUGUCUGUGUCUGAAGAUUAUGGGUUCUAUACCAUUUUCAGUCUGAAGGGGCAUAUCUUGAUAUAAAGUGAUCCAAUUGAAACAAACAAUGUGUCUUUGGAAAGCUAGAAGAAAUAUGUACAAGUGUUAUGGUGAAGGCAGGACCUGAAUUGAUCUAUAGCUAGUCCAAAUUGAAGUGCAAUCAAUGGUCUGUUGUUCUGUCUGA